GUCCAAGACCCCCCUCUGACAGCUGGGGGCCCAGCCCCCCCAAAAAACUCCAUCCCCUCUGCAAAAGUAAGAAAUUGGAUCCUGCAGCAAUGACCUCUGCUGGGCUGCUAACUCUCAGCUAGUGCCGUGAUCUUGAAGCUUGUGGCCUCCUGUGGAAGCUCCCAAGAAUUUUGGGUUAUAUCUUGCUGGAAGAUUCGAGUUGGCACCGGUUUGCUUACAGGAACCUUGUGCUGGAGCUGAGGGAAACAUGGAGUUUGCUGAGCUUAUCAAGACGCCACGGGCUGACAACGUGGUCCUUCACCGCCCCUUCUACCCGGCAGUGGAGGGGACGCUGUGCUUGACAGGGCAUCACCUCAUCUUCUCCUCACGGCGGCAAGACAAUGUUGAGGAGCUGUGGCUUCUGCAUUCCAACAUUGAUUCCAUUGAAAAACGUUUUGUUGGCACCAUCGGCACCAUCAUCAUCAAAUGCAAAGACCUGCGGAUUAUCCAGCUUGACAUCCCCGGCAUGGAGGAGUCCUUGAACAUAGCUGGCUCCAUUGAGGCACUGUCCACCUUGGAUUCCAUCACCCUGAUGUAUCCUUUCUUUUACCGGCCCAUGUUUGAAGUCAUCGAGGAUGGUUGGCAUUCCUUCUUGCCAGAACGGGAAUUUGAGCUUCUCAGUUCAGUUACAAACGAAUGGCGGUUGAGCUACAUCAACAAAGAUUUCUCCGUCUGCCCCUCUUACCCGCCCAUCGUCACUGUCCCCAAAUCGAUUGACGACGAAUCCCUCUGGAAAGUUUCCACCUUCCGCCACGGUGGGCGCUUCCCGGUCCUCAGCUAUUACCACAAGAAAAAUGGGAUGGUGAUGAUGCGCAGCAGCCAGCCGCUCACGGGUACCAACGGGAGGCGCUGCAAGGAGGACGAGAAGCUGAUCAACGCCACGCUGAGAGCCGGCAAGCGGGGCUACAUCAUUGACACGCGCUCUCUGAACGUCGCUCAGCAAGCCCGGGCCAAAGGGGGAGGCUUUGAGCAGGAAGCCCACUAUCCCCAAUGGCGAAGGAUCCACAAGUCCAUUGAGAGGUACAACAUUCUGCAAGAGAGCCUCAUCAAGCUUGUGGAAGCCUGCAAUGACCAGUCGCAUAACAUGGACCGCUGGCUGAGCAAACUGGAGGCUUCCAACUGGCUGACUCACAUCAAGGAGAUCCUGACCACUGCCUGCUUGGCUGCUCAGUGCAUUGACAGGGAGGGAGCAUCUGUCCUGGUUCAUGGGACUGAAGGCACAGAUUCGACACUACAAGUGACCUCGCUGGCUCAGAUCAUCCUAGAUCCCAGAUGCAGGACCAUCCGCGGUUUUGAAGCUCUGGUUGAGAGGGAGUGGCUGCAGGCCGGCCACCCAUUCCAGCAGCGCUGCGCCCAGUCCGCCUACUCCAACAGCAAGCAGAAGUUGGAGGCCCCCGUCUUCCUUCUCUUCCUGGACUGCGUCUGGCAGAUCCUCCGCCAGUUCCCUUGCUCCUUCGAGUUCAACUACCACUUCCUGAUCAUGCUCUUUGAGCAUUCGUACGCCUCCCAGUUUGGCACUUUCUUGGGCAACAAUGAAAACGAAAGGUGUAAGCUCAAGCUGCCCCAGAAGACGAUGUCCCUGUGGUCCUGGGUGAAUCGGCCGGAAGAGCUCAACAGAUUCAAGAACCCCCUCUUUGAGGCCAACAGCCUGGUCAUCUGGCCUUCUGUGGCACCGCAGAGCCUGCAGCUCUGGGAAGGUGUCUUCCUCCGCUGGAACCGGUCGUCCAAAUUCCUGGAUGAAUCCUACGAAGAAAUGAUCAACAUCAUCAAGUACAACAAGGAGCUGCAGGUGAAAGUCAACCUGCUGAGGCGGCAGCUGGCCGAGCUGGAGACGGACGACACCACGCAGGAAGAUGGGGUGCCGGAGAGCCCCUGAGGCUGCGCCGGGCUCCCUGCCGCGGGCCAGAUUGUCCCCCUUUCUCUGUCGGGCAAGUCGCCCGCACACACUAUAAAGCACUAAACCCUCCGAGA